AUUAAUUGUUAUAAAAACCGCAUAAAAUGUAAAUUAGAGUAUUGGAAUAGCGGCAGAAACGCGCGCGUAACACACUCACGUAAACGGCAGGCUAACAACGCGUGGAACUGUGCUUUGGAAAAGAAAAGAAAAUUUGUGUUUUGUUCGUUCGGGUCGUUUACACUUGUGCGCUGCCAACUCGUCGCUCGCUGCCGCUGCGGUUUUCCUUUCGCAAAGGGUUUUCCGCAAAUAAGAAAAAAAGGCAUAGUUUAUUUAAACCAUCAUAAUUAUAUGUGUGUGUGUGUAUUUAAAGUGCAUUGUGCCGAUGUUUUCUUGAAAGUUUACAAACACGUAAAAAAUCUCCAGCUGGAAAGUGUUGCCCCUCUGCCCUUUAGUGCUGCUACCGCCUGCCUCUACAACAGCAACAACAAAUACAACACAUAGACAAACAUACAAACACGCACACUUAAACGCACUUCUUUGCGUUGGAAAGUGACGAACGAGCAACGGUAAACAGGGUGUCACAUCAUAGAUAUACCUGCAACGCUACAUACAUACAUAUAUACGCGUAUUGAGGCAGCCACAGUUGUUUUACUAUCAGGAAGUAUCCCGGAAGUGAGGAAGAGGCGACGCAACAUCUAGAGGCAAACAGCUGUGCCGCAGCAGAAUGUCGAGCGAGGAAGAUAAGCCGCCAGCACCGCCAGUGCGUCUCACGAGCAAUCGUGGGGGUGGCAUUGAACGAGUUGUGGGUGUGGGCGUGGCUGUAGGCAGUGGUGGCGAUGCGCCACCUGUGGAUAUGCGUCCGUUACCCAAAGAGCCCGACGAUGCGGACCGCAAGAAGAAGACGCUUAAGAACAAAAUCAAGGGAUCAAAACCAUCGCAUACGGACUCCAAGCCAAAUAUAUCGUAUCCCACGAAUUUCGAGCAUACGGUCCAUGUCGGUUUCGAUGCGGUCACAGGCGAGUUUACGGGCAUGCCAGAGGCAUGGGCGCGUCUGUUGAUGAACUCCAACAUUAGCAAGCAGGAGCAAAAGAAGAAUCCCCAGGCCGUGCUUGAUGUCCUGAAAUGGUUCGACAAUACAACCAAACAGAGGCCAAGUUCCAAAUACAUGACAAAUGCCAUCACGACGCACUCAGGCUCCUCGCUCAGUCGCGUCAGCAGCAGCAGUCCGAGCAGCACGCCCACUGACUCCGAGCUGCAUGCCUCGAACAGUGGCGGCAACCUGAUCGGCGUCCAGCUGGGCAGCAUGACGCUGGGGCCGAAUGCCAACAAUGUGUCGGUGGCGGGUCAAAUGCUGAGCAAUCAUUACCAGCAGCAACAAUUGCUGCAACACCAACAGCAUCAACAGUUGCAACACCAACAAAUACACCAACAACAACAGAAUCAGCAGCAACACAUCGGCAUCAGUCAAUCGCAUUCGUAUAAUUUUGGUGGCCAUACGGCCUCCUCAUCAUCGCAACAUUCAUCCGCCAACGAGGACGAUAUUUUGGGCGCACCACAGCCGCCGCCACCGCCAGUGGCUUCGCGGCCAGAGCGCACGAAAUCCAUCUACACGCGGCCCAUCGAUGAGCAGCAGCAACAGAUGAGCAUGCCAGCGGCGCCGGCGACCACGCCCACAACUCCAUUGCAGAGCAAAAAGCUACUGACGCUCUCGCCGGGCAGCAAACUGAAUAAUGCCACAACGACGCUUGACAAGAACAAAAACAAUGCAAACCUGUUGAACACACACCAGCUGGCGGCAUCGGCGGCGACGGCAACGACAAACGAUUCAAAUGCCACCACAGUGGCCAACAAUCUGAAUGCCUCGCCCGCAGCGGGACAACAGAUUGCUGUGCCGCAGGCGGCGGCAGCCACACCCAAUACUCGCGCCGGCAAUGCCAAAAAGAAGAAAAUGUCCGACGAGGAAAUAUUGGAGAAGCUGCGCACAAUUGUCUCCGUCGGCGAUCCCACACGCAAGUAUAAUAAAAUGGAGAAGAUCGGACAGGGUGCCUCGGGUACCGUCUAUACGGCAAUUGAAUCCUCGACUGGCAUGGAGGUGGCCAUCAAACAAAUGAAUUUAUCGCAACAGCCCAAAAAGGAGCUGAUCAUCAAUGAGAUAUUGGUGAUGCGAGAGAACAAGCAUCCGAAUGUCGUUAACUACCUCGACAGUUAUCUGGUAUCGGAGGAGUUGUGGGUGGUCAUGGAAUAUCUACCGGGUGGCUCGCUCACAGACGUCGUCACCGAGACCUGCAUGGAUGAGGGUCAGAUAGCGGCCGUGUGCCGCGAGGUGCUGCAAGCCCUGGAGUUCCUCCACGCCAACCAAGUCAUACAUCGUGACAUCAAGAGUGAUAACAUACUGCUGGGCCUCGACGGCUCCGUCAAGCUGACUGAUUUCGGUUUCUGCGCGCAGAUCUCACCUGAGCAAUCGAAACGCACAACUAUGGUGGGCACACCCUACUGGAUGGCCCCCGAGGUGGUUACACGUAAGCAGUACGGACCCAAGGUCGAUUUGUGGUCAUUGGGUAUUAUGGCCAUUGAGAUGGUUGAGGGCGAGCCACCCUAUUUGAACGAGAAUCCGCUAAAAGCCCUGUACCUCAUUGCCACAAACGGCAAGCCGGAGAUUAAGGAAAAAGACAAGCUGUCCGCAGCAUUUCAAGAUUUCUUGGAUCAGUGUCUGGAAGUGGAGGUGGAUAGGCGUGCCAGCGCCAUGGAUUUGCUCAAACAUCCCUUCCUGAAGUUAGCGCGUCCUCUGGCCAGUCUAACGCCUUUGAUUAUGGCCGCCAAGGAGGCCACAAAGGGCAACUGAUUAACAACCAAGAAACAGCAGCUCAUUUAACCAUUACUAAUGAAUUAUUAUUACAACAAGCAACAGCAGCAGCAACAACAACAACAACAAUAGCAACAGCAACAAUAAUUCUUAUGCGUAUGUUAUGAUUAAUUAACUAAUUAUUUAUAUAAACGUAUUAUAUACAUAAAUCUACAUAUACACACAUAUAAAUAUAUAUAUAAAUUUAUAUAUUCUAACACACGAAACAAAAGAAUAGAAGAGAAGAGAGAAGAAAAAAAUUUCAGUUCACUUUUUAAAAUCAUUUCAAAAAGUUUCCCAACAACAAAUCUGUAAUAACUUUUUAGUGUUGUUUGCAUUUCAAGUUCAACCAAUCAAUUCUCUGCUGCUAUUUGGAAAUACCAAAAUUUAUGUUUAGUUUGUACCAUAAACGAGAAUUCUACAAAUAAAAUUAACAAAUAAUUCGCAUUUUAAAUGCAUUACACAAUUGGAAUUUUGUGAAUUUAGCAGUGUUUCGAUUUACAAUUUAAAAUUCGUAUUUAGCAUUUAACAAACAAACAAACAAAAUAUAAACAAAAACAAUUGUAAAAAGCACUUUUCAGCA